AUGUCUGCCAGGGAGAAGGGGAUCCUGACCAAAGACAGUGUCAGCCUGCUGCCCUGUUUCUAUUUCGUGGAGCUGCCGAUCCUGGUAUCAUCUGUGGUCAGUCUCUACUUCCUGGAGUGGACGGAUGUGUUCAAGCCAGUGAAGUCGGGCUUUACCUGCCAUGACCGGAGUCUGAGUCUGCCCUACAUUGACCCCAACCAUGAGGUCAUCCCCCUGCUGAUGCUGCUCAGUUUGGCCUUCGCCGGACCUGCCAUCACGAUUAUGAUUGGAGAGGCCAUCCUGUUCUGCUGUCUGUCUCGGAGGAAGAGUGGUGCAGCGACAGAGGCCAACAUCAACGCAGCUGGAUGCAACUUCAACUCUUUCAUACGCAGAGCUGUCCGAUUUGUUGGUGUCCAUGCAUUUGGUCUUUGUGCCACGGCCCUCAUCACUGACAUCCUCCAACUGAUGACAGGCUACCCAACACCCUACUUCCUAACUGUGUGUAAACCCAAUUACACCACGCUGAACAUCAGCUGUGAACAGAAUCCCUAUGUCAUGGAGGAUAUCUGCUCAGGGGCUGACCCCACAGCCAUCAACCAGGGCAGAAAAUCCUUCCCGUCGCAGCACGCUACCCUUGCAUCCUUUGCCGCUGUUUAUGUGUCGAUGUACUUCAACAGCACUUUGACAGACUCAUCCAAGCUGCUCAAGCCCCUUUUGGUGUUCUCCUUCAUCAUCUGUUCCAUCAUCUGUGGUCUGACCAGGAUUAUUCAGUAUAAGAACCAUGCUAUUGACGUCUACCUGGGCUUCCUGCUUGGAGGAGCUAUUGCUGUUUACCUGGGGUUGUAUGCAGUCGGAAACUUUCAGCCUAGUGAGGAGGCCAGCAACAGCCCACCCCCACAGCUGCACCGACCACCCUGCUCUUUGCCCCACAUAAGCCAGGAGGCGGUCCUCCACCACUUGCAAAUGAAAGCCAGCAUGGUUGGAGAGCAAGGCAUACCCACCUCCCACUCCGAGGGUCUCCUCCACCGAGGUCUUCAGCAACAGCGGCCUGAUGACAACCAUAAGCGUUCCAGUGCAGAUGUGGAAGUGAUCUCCCCCCAUAGCUCUCACAACAAAGAUGGCAUGGUGACCUUUAGCCACACCCUUCCACGAGUGCAUACCCCCCAGGCCAUGGCAGCGUAUGAGGAAGCAGCCAGGCGUCAUGCAUCCACCCUCCACCAUGCCUCAAUGGACUCUAGUCGCUCAAAACAGCUUCUAUCUCAAUGGAAAAGUAAGAACAACAACUACAAAUGCUCCCUGCAGGUGCCGGACUCCUUCUCGUCUUCUGUAGAUUCAUCAUCUAACCAGUCCCCCCUGCAUCCACACCACCACGGCAGCAUGGAACUCCGAUCCAGCUGUGAGCCAUUGGCUAUGGGGCUGAAUGGAGGCUUUGAUAGUCAUGCAUACUUGUCCAAACUGGCUAGUGGUAAUAGUACCACAUUACCUAGUAACUGUAGUGGGAUCACCGGAGGGGCCAGGAUAGCCAUGCAAUCUAGACCCGGGUCUUCACAGCUGGUCCACAUACCAGAAGAAGGUCAUGAGAGCUACAACACCUCCUCCCUGAGAACACUGGGAGCUGGAGGAAAUGACGGGAUGUCAAUAGCAAAUAGCACAGUUCAGGCUAACUGGCAAAGGGCAGCAGAGAAGACAACAGCCUGUAGAACUAAUGAUAAUGGACAGAAUAUGCAGCCACGAAUCAUGCAAGUUAUUGCUAUGUCCAAGCAGCAGGGCCUACUUCAGACCCAUUCCAAGAGCUUAGAUGAGAGUAGCAUGGGCUGCCCUACCACUGGGAGUUGCCAGGGCUCUAGUCGCUACAGGGUGUUAAAUGAUCAAGCACCUACUACAAUUGUCAGGGUAGAGGCCCACCCUGAAAACAACAGACCCGUGAUCCAAGCUCCAGCCACAGAUGGAAGUGGAUCAUGGAGGUGGCGGUCCCUGGACCAUGGAACUGGACCUAGUGGGAGUUUGAAGCAGUCCUAUGAUCUCAAUGAUCUAAAUAGAGACUCAGAGAGCUCUGACUCGAUGCGUGAAGGAUCCAUUGACAGGAAGCGUGCCAAUCACAUUUCAGAGCAGAGGGUCCACCCCCAGGGUGUGUCUACGAUUAGGGUCACUCCAGGGGAUGGUAGUGAGACGGCAUCAGAUACCCUCUCAGUCACCUCGAGCCGAGAGUCCACGCUCCAGAGAAAAGGCAAUAUUAUCCUGAUUCCAGAAAGAUCAAACAGCCCUGAUAAUGCCCGGAAUAUUUUCUACAAGGGAACGUCAGUAACUCCUGUUUUCAAGGACUAA